UAGCUAUAAAUGGGAAAGCGCCCUUUCCUUUCUUGAACACAAACUGGUCUCUCUUUAUCUCUCUCAAAUUAUUUUUAGCUCUUCUUGACUUGUAAUUGGUGACUUUUGGUUAAAGCUCUCAGACCUAACGGUGUUUCCUGACCAGAAAACAGUAAGGGAGAAAGGAUGGCGAGAGAGAAGAUCAAGAUCAAGAAGAUUGACAACGUUACGGCGAGGCAGGUUACCUUUUCCAAGAGAAGACGAGGGCUUUUAAAGAAAGCUGAAGAGCUUUCUGUUCUGUGCGAUGCUGAGGUUGCGCUCAUCAUCUUCUCAGCUACCGGAAAGCUCUUUGAGUUUUGCAGCUCAAGUAUGAAGGAUAUACUUGGAAGGUAUGAUAUGCAAUCUAAUGGCAUUAAACAAAUGGAUCAGCCAUCCCUUGAACUGCAGCUAGAGAAUAAUAAUCACAUCAGAUUGAGUAAGGAAGUGGCAGAUAAGACCCACCAGCUAAGGCAGACAAGAGGAGAGGAUCUUGAAGGAUUAAAUUUAGAGGAAUUGCAGCAAUUGGAGAAAAUGCUUGAAGCUGGACUUAGCCGUGUGCUUGAGACUAAGGAAGAACGGUUGCUGACUGAGAUUACUACACUUGAAAGAAAGAAUGGUAGUACGUGUACCUUUAUAUACGGACAUUCAUCAAGAAAAAACAAGGGAAAGUAUGGGGUUUUCAUGAAACCAGGGAGCUCAGUUGUUAGAGGAGAACAGGCAAUUGAAGCAGAAGAUGAUGAUGUCUUCCAAGGGAAAAAGACCUGUUCUUGUGGAGUCGGACAUCCUCGUCCAGGAAGAAGGCAUGUCGUCGGAAUCUGUCACCAAUGUUUGCAGCAGCAGCGGUGGCCCCCCUUCUCUAGAAGACGACAGUUCCGAUACAUCUCUCAAAUUAGGGCUCUCUCUUCUCUAGCUGAAAUUGAGGUAAGAUGGAGAAGACUCAUGCGAGAAAUAAGCCCUUGGAGUCUGGUCAUUUCAAGAUGUCCCCGAGUUUAAUCAAAUUGUACGAGGAACUAGAACAGAACUUGUUCCGGUCCUUCUGUAUGUCAUGUUCAUGUUUUCCCGUUUGUACGUAAAUUAAUGUGUUGUGGCUACUCCUAUUUAAUUCGUAUCUGUAAGCAUGGGAAUUCGAUCUCUAAAUUACUAUUUGAGACCCUGACCUCCAAGCUAGGUGCGUGCGUGUGUGCAUGCUAGGCUAUUCCUAAUAACUUUAGUCGGUAUCAAACGGCCUAUUAUUCCGAUCUUUGUAUAAUUAAUAACACUACGUACGACUUUCUUGUAAUGCCUUGGUGGAUGAUCCUAUCUAUACGUGAAAAGCAUCUAAGGGUUC